AUGGGCGUGGACUUCGACGUGAAGACGUUCUGCCACAACCUGCGGGCCACCAAGCCGCCCUACGAGUGCCCGGUGGGCUCGUGCCGCAAGAUCUACAAGAGCUACAGCGGCAUCGAGUACCACCUCUACCACUAUGACCACGAGCACCCGCCGCCGCCGCCGCCGCCUCACGCCCCGCCGCGCAAGCACAAGAAGAAGGGGCGCCAGGCCCGCGCCGCCAACAAGCGCUCCCCCAGCCCCUCCGAGCCCUCGCAGUCCCCCGGCCGCGAGGUGAUGACCUACGCCCAGGCCCAGCGCAUGGUGGAGGUGGACCUGCACGGCCGCGUGCACCGCAUCAGCAUCUUCGACAACCUGGACGUGGUGUCCGAGGACGACGAGGCUCCCGACGAGGCGCCCGAGAGCGGGAGCAACAAGGAGAACGCCGAGGGGCAGCCCGCCGCCGCCGCCGCCGCCGCCGCCGCGCCCAAGGCGGGCAAGCACAAGAACAAGGAGAAGCGCAAGGACGCCAACCACCACCACCACCACCACCACCACCACAACGCCUCGGCCGGCGCCGCCCCCAAGCUGCCCGAGGUGGUGUACCGCGAGCUGGAGCAGGACACCCCCGACGCCCCGCCGCGACCCACCUCCUACUACAGGUACAUCGAGAAGUCGGCGGAGGAGCUGGACGAGGAGGUGGAGUACGACAUGGACGAGGAGGACUACAUCUGGCUGGACAUCAUGAACGAGCGGCGGAAGACGGAAGGCGUCAGCCCCAUCCCCCAGGAGAUCUUCGAGUACCUGAUGGACAGGCUGGAGAAGGAGUCCUACUUCGAGAGCCACAACAAGGGCGACCCGAACGCCCUGGUGGACGAGGACGCCGUGUGCUGCAUCUGCAACGACGGCGAGUGCCAGAACAGCAACGUCAUCCUCUUCUGCGACAUGUGCAACCUGGCCGUGCACCAGGAGUGCUACGGGGUGCCCUACAUCCCCGAGGGACAGUGGCUCUGCAGGAGGUGCCUGCAGUCGCCCUCGCGAGCCGUGGACUGCGCCCUGUGCCCCAACAAGGGCGGCGCCUUCAAGCAGACGGACGACGGGCGCUGGGCGCACGUGGUGUGCGCCCUCUGGAUCCCCGAGGUGUGCUUCGCCAACACGGUCUUCCUGGAGCCCAUAGACAGCAUCGAGCACAUCCCGCCCGCGCGGUGGAAGCUGACCUGCUACAUCUGCAAGCAGCGCGGCUCCGGGGCUUGCAUCCAGUGUCACAAGGCCAACUGCUACACCGCUUUCCACGUCACCUGCGCCCAGCAGGCCGGGCUCUACAUGAAGAUGGAGCCCGUCCGCGAGACGGGAGCCAACGGGACCUCCUUCAGCGUGCGCAAAACCGCCUACUGCGACAUCCACACGCCCCCGGGCUCCGUGCGCAGGCUCCCCGCGCUGUCCCACAGCGAAGGGGAGGAGGAGGACGAGGAGGAAGAGGAGGAGGGCAAGGGCUGGAGCUCCGAGAAGGUCAAAAAGGCGAAGGCCAAGUCUAGGAUCAAAAUGAAGAAGGCGCGGAAGAUCCUGGCGGAGAAGCGAGCGGCGGCACCCGUGGUUUCUGUCCCCUGCAUCCCCCCCCACAGGCUCAGCAAGAUCACCAACCGUUUAACCAUCCAGAGGAAGAGCCAGUUCAUGCAGCGGCUGCACAGCUACUGGACUCUGAAGAGGCAGUCCCGCAACGGCGUCCCCCUGCUGCGCCGCCUCCAGACGCACCUGCAGUCGCAGAGGAACUGCGAUCAGGUGAGGAGAGACACUGAGGAUAAGAACUGGGCCCUGAAGGAGCAGCUGAAGUCAUGGCAGCGCCUCCGCCAUGACCUCGAGCGCGCGCGCUUGCUGGUGGAGCUGAUUCGCAAGCGGGAGAAGCUCAAGAGAGAGACGAUCAAAGUGCAGCAGGUGGCGCUGGAAAUGCAGCUCACGCCCUUCCUCAUCCUCCUCCGCAAGACGCUCGAGCAGCUGCAGGAGAAAGACACGGGCAACAUCUUCAGCGAGCCGGUCCCUCUGUCUGAGGUAACAGAAAUCUACGAAGUCCCGGACUACCUGGACCACAUCAAGAAGCCGAUGGAUUUUCAGACAAUGAAACAAAACCUGGAGGCCUAUCGCUACCUGAACUUUGACGACUUCGAGGAGGAUUUCAACCUGAUCAUCAACAACUGUUUGAAAUACAAUGCCAAAGACACGAUCUUCUACCGGGCAGCCGUCCGGCUGCGGGAGCAGGGGGGCGCGGUUCUGCGGCAGGCUCGCCGGCAGGCAGAGAAGAUGGGCAUUGACUUUGAGACAGGCAUGCACUUCCCUCACUGCGUGGCUGUGGAGGAGCCUCAGGUGCAGGAUGUCGACGACGACGUGCGGCUGCUGCUCUCGGAGAACCAGAAGCACCUGCCCCUGGAGGAGCAGCUGAAGAUCUUGCUCGAGCGGCUGGAUGAGGUCAACGCGGGCAAGCAGAGCGUAGGACGGUCCCGCCGGGCCAAGAUGAUCAAGAAGGAGAUCACGGUCCUGCGGCGAAAGCUCGCUCACCCCCGGGACCUGGGCCGAGACGGGCUGGAGCGGCACAGCUCCUCCGCCAGGGGCGUCCUGCAGUCGCACAACCCCUGCGAGAAGGACCUGCAGACAGACAGCGCUGCCGAGGAGAGCAGCAGCCAGGAGACCGGCAAAGGUCUGGGCCCCAAUUCUUCUUCCACCCCGGCACACGAAGUGGGCAGGAGGACCUCAGUGCUCUUUUCCAAGAAGAACCCUAAAACUGCAGGACCCCCAAAACGUCCGGGACGUCCCCCGAAGAACCGAGACAGCCAGAUCGCUCCCGGCCACGGCAACAGCCCCAUCGGCCCCCCGCAGCUCCCCAUGAUGGGGUCCUCCCAGCGGCAGAGGAAGCGAGGGCGAAGCCCCCGCCCCAGCUCCAGCUCCGACAGCGACAGCGACAAGUCCACGGAGGACGCUCCCAUGGACCUGCCCGCCAACGGCUUCAGCAGCGGGAACCAGCCGGUGAAGAAGAGCUUCCUGGUGUACCGGAACGACUGUAACCUCCCUCGGAGCAGCUCCGACUCCGAGUCCAGCAGCAGCAGCAGCAGCAGCGCUGCCUCGGACCGCACCAGCACAACGCCCUCAAAGCAGGGCCGGGGGAAGCCCUCCUUCUCCCGCGUCAACUUCCCCGAGGACAGCAGCGAGGACACGUCAGGGACGGAGAACGAAUCCUACUCGGUGGGCGCCGGGCGAGGCGUGGGGCACAGCAUGGUGCGGAAGGGCAUCGGCCGCGGCGCGGGGUGGCUCUCCGAGGACGAGGACUCUUCCCUGGACGCCCUGGACCUGGUGUGGGCCAAGUGCCGGGGGUACCCGUCCUACCCGGCGCUGAUCAUCGACCCCAAGAUGCCGCGGGAGGGCAUGUUCCACCACGGCGUCCCCAUCCCCGUGCCCCCCCUGGAGGUGCUGAAGCUGGGCGAGCAGAUGACUCAGGAAGCGCGGGAGCACCUCUACCUCGUCCUCUUCUUCGACAACAAGCGCACUUGGCAGUGGCUGCCCCGCACGAAGCUGGUGCCCCUGGGCGUCAACCAGGACCUGGACAAGGAGAAGAUGCUGGAGGGCCGCAAGUCCAACAUCCGCAAGUCGGUGCAGAUCGCCUACCACCGCGCCAUGCAGCACCGCAACAAGGUGCAGGGCGAGCAGAGCAGCGACUCCAGCGACAGCGACUGA